AUGUUUUCUGGGGCUUUAUCAAAAGACCAUGGGUUGUCUCAAAUUGAUAUUCCAUGUUUAUGGGCCGCUUUAGUGUGCGUGCCACAUUUCAGGUGAGAAUAUUUAUAGUAUCACUUAGCUUCGUCAUCAAUGGAUGAAAUACUAAUUAUAUUAAGUGUAUAUCGAACUUAUUUCUACCUCUAAAGCAGUUUUACUUUAUUUGAAUUAGAGGUUCGUUUGAACAUUUUGAAUUUUUUUUUCUUUCUGGAAGUCAGUUGAUUUGUUUUCAAAAUUUGACUAUAAAUACAGUUAUAUGAAAAUAUUUCCUCUUUUAUCAGUUUUUCAGAGUUGAUCGAAAAGUCAGUUUUACUGUGGAAGAAAAUGAUAAGCGAGAUCAACGCCAAUGCAGAUCAUGUUUUAGGUAACUGGUUCUGUAUGCAGCCUUUUAAAAAGGAUAGUUUUUAGUAUUUUUUAAGUUUGUGAAAUAAUGUGUACAAUAAAUAUGGUCAUUUCUUAACAUUAAUUAUUAACUGUAUUUAUUGAAGCUCGUCAUGUAUUCAUUCUACAGGAGAAACUAGUUUGAUUGUUUUGAACCAGCUGUUGCGAAGUUUCCUCAUUUGUGUUCAAUCAAACAAGUUGGAAGCUCUGCCAGUAUCUUGUGAAGAAGUUUACAGCAUUCUAAGGUAUAUCUGUCCUGUCAGAAUUGUCUGGAUUUCCUCCUUACAACUAAGAUUUUAUUUUUUGCUUUGCUGUGAUACAUUUAAUUUCUGUUUUUUAAUUUUUUAACAUUACUUCCCUUAGAUUAUACCCCAAGAACGUAAGCUCUGUUCAGAUUGUUGACUUUUACCUGUCAAGGGAACAAAAUAAAGAGUUUCUUACAGAAGAGAGACUUGAAGAAACAUAUAAGCUACUUGAGCCGAACUUGGUUUCAUCAUCUCAUAAUGUAAGUUAAUGUAAAAUAUUUAGUGUCUGUGUUAAUCUAUUUUAAUAUAAUGUAAGGAAAACCAAAUGUGUUUAAAAAAAUUUUCCAACCGAAAAAAGUAGCUUUGCUGCUUUUUGUUUCGAGAUUUUUAAAAUGUUGCGUAAAUUUUUAAUUUUUUUUUACAUUCUUUAGUAAGUGUACCUUCAUUUAUUGCUAGAUAGGGAAAUAAGUUUUAAAGCAUUUUCAUUUUUCUUUAUAAGUACCAUGUUCAAAACUCAUGUCCUAUAUCUUACAGUAUUCUACUAAUGGUGAACUCUUUUCUACUUCCUUCAAAUCUAACAACUACUUAUUUGAUCACGUCAUGUUAUUUUUGUUUCAGAUGCGCUUGAUAACAUGUCACAUUCUGUCCAUGUUUCCUGUCCAACUGCCAGCUUAUGAUGAUGUAAGAAGUAAUUUCUAUCCUUGUGUGUUCAUUAGCUGAGAAUCUAUAUACUAUUUAUUGUACUGUUAUGUCACAUUAAAUAUUAGGCAGGAAGGCAUGAUGAUUUGUAUUAUUCCAUUAAUCUUUUACAGGAAUAUUUCUUUAAACUUUCUGUAAAUUUUUCAACUUAUUUUUUUUAUAGGGGAUAACAAGAGAGUGUGCUUUCAAAACAAUGCUUACUGCAGAGAAGAUGCCUUUACCUACAGUUCACAACUACAGAGAAAAACUUAUUUAUCUACGCAAAUUAGAAUACGGGAUGGUUGUGAAAUGUUUGCCCCUUGGUUCAUUCCAGAAGGUGUGUUAUGAUAAUGCUAACUCAUCUCUAAAAUAUUUUAUGGGUCAAUUGAUCCCACUUGCAACACAGAACACACUGCACUAACUUAUUUGCUAGUUUAAAAUAUGAAAGCGGAAACACAAAAACUAAUUAAAAUACUUCAUUUAAAAAUAGAUUAGUGUUUUCCAAAAUAAAAAGAUCCAUUUGUCUCUCAUUCUCUUUGAUUCUUGUUGUUUCGUCUGCUGGUGGAGGCUUCCUACUAAAAACCUUUAUUUGAUUUCCGUUUUUUUUUCCUUUUCAUGAAAGCUUUCACUCAACCUGCUCUACCGUUUCCUUAAUAUUCUUAACAAUGAUUUUCGGUGUUGCUUUCAAUCCUUAGGCUCCUUUACUGUUCUUACUGGGGAAUGAGUUUUGGAACUUCAAGCUUCUCUGGGC